AUGAAAAAUUUAAGCGGAAAAAUAGUAUUCGUAACUGGUGGGGCAAAUGGUAUUGGGAAAUCAAUAGUUCAGGAGUUUUUAAAAACUGGUGCAAAGGUUGCAUUUUUUGAUAUCGACGAAAUUUCUGGAAUUGCCUUUGAAAAUGAAUUGAAGAAAACAUUCGGAGGAGAACAGGUAAUGUUUAUAAGAGGUGAUGUGACCAAUGACGAUGAUUUAUUUGGUGCAUUUGAUAAAAUUCUCGAAAAAUAUGGAACUUUGGAUGUGUUGGUCAACAAUGCUGGCGUAGCUGACGAAUCACCAGAAAUGUACAAAAAGGAAAUCGAAAUAAAUUUUACAGCCACAGUUACAUCAACUCUUAAAGCUUUGGAGAUCAUGCGUCAGGAUUUGGGGGGAAGAGGUGGAACCAUCAUUAACAUCAGCUCUAUAACUGCUCUAAAAUUAAUAUCACCGAAUUUUUUUAUAUACGCAGCGACUAAAUCGGCAAUUCUACAUUUUAGUAAUUGUAUUGGAAUAAUUCCAUAUUACCAACGAACUAAAGUACGAGUAAUCACAGUGUGUUUGGGAGGGACUGAAUCGGAAAUUCACGAAAAAGUGCAAAUGUUUGAUAAUACUAUAACAAUGGAUGAAUUAAUAGAAAAAUAUGAGAAAUUCGGACCAUCGCAAACAAGUGACGUUGCAGCGAAGGGUGUUAUAGAAAGUUAUAUAAAUGGGGAAAGUGGAAGUACUUGGCUCAUAAACAAUAGUAAAAUAACCGAUAUUACAGCAAAAGUACGAGAGGCUUACAGUUUAAUGGGAAAAGACGCUGAUGUAUAGAAGUUUAUGUUUUACUAGCUUUUCUCCCGCAGCUUCGCCCGCUCGGCAAGGGAAAACACGCAUAGUUCCCGUUCCCGUGGGGUUUUCGGAACAAAAACUAUCAUAAGUGUUAAUCCAAGUUUUUUUUAACGUGGAUAGGUGGACGACCUCAGUCUCAUCUGAUAAAAAGUGCUGACGAGACCUAAAAAAUAUAUUAUAAAGUUACUCUAUAUGUGUGCGCCAAAUUUCAUGAAAAUCGAUACUUGUUCCUGUUUUUUCUUAAAGUAGUAACAAACAAAGGUCGUCUAUUGUCUAGUGCCAGCGAGUAAUAAUAUAUAAUAUAUUAUAAAAGAAUAAAACUUAUGGCAUUGUACUGUGAUGUUAAGCAUCAGAAUACAAUGCCUUAUUUUUUGUACUCUUAAAUAUAUAACCGUGGUUGGCAUAAAAUUGUACACUUCUUACAUUUGAUGUUAGUAAUAUUUAGAAAUUAAAGACUUUUUAACGGAUUUUAAA